UAUACCUAUCAUAUAUCUCUGGUCGGGCUAUACUUUUAUGACUUCUGAUGGUUGCUAACUGCUUUUUAUGGCUUCUAAAAUCUGACUGUCAUGGCCGGCUGUCAUAUGAUAUGAGCAAAAGUAGGUACAAUGAACAUUUUAGACUAUUCUUAUCUAAUUAAGCCAUCUCAUUUUAAAAUUUGAAAACUUUUUGUAAGGGUUAAAAUUCUUUAUAUAUCCUUUUAAAUCCACUUUUGUGACUCUAACUGCAGCCUGACAAGUCCAAUUUUACGUUUUGAAUAUAUAACUAGCAGUAGGGUGGCACUUUAAUUACAUCUGUAAAGACUUUUAGUAUUUGUCAGUUGUAGGUAUGUAUAUUUUUAUAGUUUUUUUUUGUGUAAUUCGACAUUUAGAGACUGUAGAGAUCUCUAAUAAAGUAUCUAAUAUUUCAUUGAUUCUAUAUUUGUAAUUGUACCUAAGUAUUAUGUCAUUUUUGGGUAGUCUUACCUAUUGCUUGUAAAACAUGUAAAACUGCCCUUGUGGCCUAUUUGCUGAAUAUUUUUUUGGAAAUAACUAUAAGUUAAAAAUAAUAUUGGUUUGGUCUUCUACAUUAUUGACGAUUCUCGCGGCGUUGUAUGGGGGUUGUCAGUCUUCUUUAUUUACUAGACUCUGGUUAUCACCAUGGACCGACGUUUGUCGUCAGUUGUUUUUGUUAAUUAUUCUUUUUGAUCAGUUGUCGCAAACACGUACAAAUCAUGAAUUUAAGUUAUUGUUACUUGGUUCUACUGUUUCCUUUAGUAAAACCACGGGGUACAGAUGCCAAGUGGGUUGAGCAAAGUUUCGAAUGGGGAGUCUCAAAUUCCGUUGAACAUGGGACGGAGGCGCUCUCUGGCGUGAUUUGUACAACAUGCUCGUGCGAGGACAACCGCGUGGACUGCACCAAAAAGGAUAUCCGGACUUUUUUCUCUGUAGACAAGUGGAAAGAAUUAACCAACUUGAAACCCACAACCGUGGACCUGAGCGGCAACAACAUAGACUGCAUCACAGAAAUAGCAGACCUUCCCAUUGAAGAGCUGAAUCUCUCAAAUAACAAGAUAAAGAACAUCGAAAACGCCAGCUUUAGAGGUCUGCAGAAGAUGAGGGUUCUGAAUUUGAGCUAUAAUAGGCUGACGUCCAGACUCAGUCCGCAUGCGUUUGAGGGUAAAUUCUCCGCCGAGAGAUACGAGUCGCUCUCCUCCAUGCGUACCCUCAACUUGUCCUACAACCAGCUCCACUCCCUCCACCAGGACCUCUUCGAGCAUCUUCCUGAGCUGAAUUCUCUGGACCUUUCUGGGAACCCACUGACUACUAUUGACUAUGUCACACUUAUGGCUAUUUCCAGUUUGCCUAUGUUGGAGGACCUCCGCCUCCGUUCCUGCCAGCUCACCGAGAUCCCAGACAGAUUCCUCCACACCCCCCGCUACCUCGAGUACCUGGACCUCAGCGACAACCAGCUGGCCAUGGUGCCGCAAGAACUGGAGGAGGCCAGGAACCUGGUGUAUCUUAACCUUAAUCAGAACCCCAUUGUGGAGUUGGAUAUGGGCAAAUGGGAGACUCUAGGGUUCCCAAUGAUACGCAAACUGCAAGAGCUGCACAUGAGCAGCAUGCCAGAACUCCACCGCAUCGGCACUGCGGCCCUCGCCAGGCUGCCCAUGCUGUCCAAGCUGCAUCUCAGCUUCAACCCAAAGCUGGCGGUAAUUGAACCCCUGGCACUAGCGAGCCCUGGUGAUCACAGGGAGAGCUACGUCUGGCCGAUGAUCAAGGAGCUGUACCUCCAAUCCAACAACCUCACAGAGCUACAUAGCCGUCUGUUACGCUGGGAGCUGGUUGAGAAACUAGACGUUUCCGACAACCCUUGGCUAUGCGACUGUUCCACAAAGUGGAUGGUUGACGAUCUGGUUACCUACGUGAAGCGCAGUGGAACCAACGCGGCAGAAAAACUAGUUUGCCAGGAGCCGAUCGAGAUGCGUGGCCUCACCAUGAAGCAGCUGCAUGAUGAGAAUAGUCUCCUGAGAUGUGGAGAUAAAGCCGUGUCAGAGCCAGUGUUGAGAAGUAUGGCAACAGGGCUGAGAGGGAUGGUUAUACACUUCUUGACACACUUAUUGGUAAAACUACUAAGUCAUAUAAUGUAGCUGUGUUCUCUCUCUAUCUCUUAAAGGGGACUGAUCUGGCGUCUCUACUGUGUCUGCCAACGUCGCGCCUAAGAUUCUAAUAGAUGGCGUUAGUAGUGCCGCGUCAUUUACUAAGAGUGCAACCUUCUAUAAACGCUCAUACAUUUCCUACAUCACGGUUUGGAAUAUGGAAGGUAGAGUUAAGGAACGCAAUCUCCAUAGGCUGAACUUAUGCAAAAGUUUCCAGUGGUCAGCUAUAAAUAAUAGUUCCAAAUCUCUCCAGAGUAGCGCUAGAGUAGCUAAGAACCUUUUUGACGGAGUGAAGAGCGCUGUCUAUGAUUUGAUUUUCUUUUCAAGUAUUCUAGGUAUUGUAGCGCCACCUAUUUAAGGUUUUUUGAUGACACUUUUUGGUAUAUGGAUAUUCCAUUCCUUAUCUCCACCUUCCGUAGUUUGGAAGUUCCAAAUGUCAGUUGUCAACUCAAUGGGCUUCGGUCUCCCGGCACGUUGACAGUGACAGAGAAGACGCCACGUCAAGUACAGAGG